CUCCCCCCCCCCUCCCCCCUCCCCCACCACUCCCCACACACCCUAUCAUCACCAUGGCUGACCACCUUUCUGAGGAGCAGAUUGCCGAGUUCAAGGAGGCCUUCUCCCUGUUCGACAAGGACGGCGAUGGCUCCAUCACCACCCGCGAGCUGGGCACCGUCAUGCGCUCUCUCGGCCAGAACCCCACCGAGGCCGAGCUCCAGGACAUGAUCAACGAGGUCGAUGCCGACGGCUCCGGCACCAUCGACUUCCCGGAGUUCCUGCAGAUGAUGGCUCGCAAGAUGAAGGACACCGACUCCGAGGAGGAGAUCCGCGAGGCCUUCAAGGUCUUCGACAAGGACGGCAACGGCUACAUUUCCGCGGCCGAGCUCCGCCACGUCAUGACCAACCUCGGUGAGAAGCUCACCGACGAGGAGGUCGAUGAGAUGAUCAAGGAGGCCGACCGUGACGGCGACGGCCAGAUCAACUACCAGGAGUUCGUCUCCAUGAUGGUCAACAUCUAAGCGCCCGUGCGCGCGCGCCCUCUUGCGUCGCUCGGCGUGUCCUGCCCCCCCCUCUCUCUCUCUCCCCUUUCUGCCGCGCGCCCCUCCCCCGCCUUUUGUGUUGUUGCACGCACCAAAGGCGUGCAGUGCGUGCGCGCGUGUGUGCAUGAAUAUUCCCUACGUGUGUCCGGGCUGCCUCCCCCCCCCUCCCCGGCGGAAGGGUGAUGCCUCCUCUUUCUUCGAGGCUUGCCACGCUACCAGUAUGCAGCGUCGCUGUGUUUCAUCCUUUCCCCUCUCCCGUUUGUGUGCUCAUGGGCGUACCCCCUCUCUUCGCCCCCCUCCCCCUCUAUACCCGUGUGUACACGCACAUGUACUUCAUCUCCCGCGCUGGGCACCCCCCUCCUCUUUCCACCCUCCCUCCCUCCCCACCCUCCCCUCCCACAUGUGUAAUACAUCCCAUCAAACUGCAA